UCACAGCCUCUUCGACCUGGUGCCAUCGGGGAGGAGACUGCGGAGUCUCUGUGCUCGAAGCAGCAGGCUCAAGAACAGUUUAUUCCAGCAGCGGCGGCAAACGUCCUCAACGUGUGGCUGGUCAACCUGGCGAUGGCGGACCUCGUCUUCUGCAUCACCCGAAUCUUCUCCUUGGUCAAGAAGCUUUUCCUGGGCCACUGGCCCUUUGGCUUGUUCAUCUGCAAGUUUACCGGCUUCUGCAAGCAAGCCAACAUGUUUGGCUCCGUCUUCAUGCUGGCCGUCAUCAGCGUGGACCGGGCCCUCUGCGUCCGGCUCCCGGUGUUCACCCGGCGCCACCGCACCGUGUGCGCCGCCCGAGUGGUGGCCACGUGCAUGUGGGUGGUGGUCUUGGCCUUCAGCUGGCCCUUCUUCUCCAAACAUAGCCUCAUGUGCAACCAGGACAUAGCCAAGUGCCAAUUGAAUAGCAGGAACGGGCUCUACGUUGUGCGCUUCCUGUUCGGCUUCCUGCUGCCCUUCCUGGUCAUCCUGGCCUGCUACAUCUUGGCCGGGGUGGGCAUCCACCGCACCCGCUUGGCGGGCAAGUGGCGCGUCCUGGGGGUGCUGGCCCUGCUGGUGGCCACCUUCUUCCUGUGCUGGGCUCCGUACCACGCCCUGCUCAUCCUCAAGAUUCUGGAUAGGAACUGCGCACUGCUCAAGACAUGGAUGCCCCUCGCUAGAGGCGUGGCUUUCAUCAAAAGCGGCAUCAACCCGCUUCUCUACUUCUUUGUGGGGCAGCGGUUGAGGACCCCGGCCAAGAAGUCUCUGGAGGGCCUGUACAAGAGCGCUCUCGCCGACAAUCCUGACGGACAGACAGGACAGUCCAACGACAAUGGCUUGGGGUUGAGCAAGUCAAAGGUGUGAUGAGCGGAGGAAAUAAAAGCGGAAAGAAAACAAGACUGUUUGGCUAACUUCAGCGAAAACAGUACUGACUUUGCCCACCGUUAGCCUCAAGGUAAAAUAGCAGUUAGCAAGGUGGGCGUCGGCUGCCAUUCCGCUCGUCAAAGAAUCCGACAUUUACAUUCAAGCCUACUUCAAAAACCAGAGCACUCCGAGUUUGAAACCGUCAUUUUAAAACGGUAACGCUGGUUUGAAACCCUGAUUGGAAACGCUGAUUCAAUUUUAAAACUCGAACACUAGUUUAGAUGGAUGCCUGGGGUCAAUCUCUCAUUGGCCCUGCCCCCUGCACCCCCCCUGGCCAGCAGUCAAGCAUACCGCGUGGUUUCUCCCGACGGAAAGUGCUCGGUUUAGUGGAAAUGUUUUCCUACUUACGAGCGGUUGUGUUGUGGCAUUUGCAAUCACGGCCGAAAUCGGGAACGCUAUCAGCCUUUAUUGUUGGUCACCGUUACAUACAAUGGGGGUGGUGUGCUGAUUUCACAGUCGCUCACAAACAGCCUGGUCCUCUGCGCUCACUCGCACUUGAUCGUUUAUGUAUGGAGCCCCAAACCAUGACACGGGAGG